UUAAAUGUUCGAUUUUUGGACUUUUCGAUUUCUCAACUUGGCAACAAUGGCAAUUUUCAGCUCCAAAAGCAGCGUCAGUGGGAACAGCAAGUGCAACGGGAACCUCUGCGUCAACGGCAAGUUUUGACGUUAACCACCGCAACGUAUACAAAACUCACUUGACAUGCACCUUGUAAAACUUUUAUGACUUAAGUGGCUUAAGUCAAACCACCCUUAUAAGUCAAACUGGCUAUUGUAAGCUUUAUGGACCCGAACCGCAAGGAUGAUUACUGUUGCCAUAAUGGAGCUAUAAAGCUUUGAUGGGUAUAUGUGAACUGAGUUAAGUAUAAGUGAUUUUUGUAUACAUUGAUUUGGCGCCCAAAACCAUUUAACAAAAUUUGAAUAGGGAGUUUGCGUUCCACUAAGCUUGCCUAAUUUCAAACUGACGAGGAACUGACUCGAGAUCGUUGAAAUUAAUGACGCUUCAUGUCGACAUUCGCGUUUCUGAUUCCGGGUGAAUUUCAGCGGUUCACCGGCGCCAAAACACAGGCUAUCCGAAAUCCAUACUCGGUAAUUAUUUCGGCGGCAAAUUCGAACGCGUUACGUAAGCUGAUUAUGGGUGUUUGUUUGAAAGUGCAUACAAAGUGAAAUUAAUAUAAAAACGUACGUCGCACUGACACAUUUCCCCACACAUGCCGCUGCUUGUUAUUACCAUAAAGGCGAGAAAGUUGCGAAGAGCCGCAGGAAGACACGUGGUUUGCAGUCUUCGCGGUAGACACUUAACAGUGUAGUGAUGGCCUUCCUGCAGUCCGCACACUCCGCAUUUUUCGCCGCCACCCUGUAUUUUUUAACGCACGUGGCUACAACCACCAGCCAACAAGUCAAAUGCCUCGAAAACGGCCGCUUUUACCGCGACCCAGACCGCCCCCCACACAAAAUCUGGACCUCCACCGAAUGUUCCAAGUACUUCCUGUGUCUAGAAGGAGAAGUUUUCGACUUCAGGUGCUCCACAGGGCUUCUGUUCGACGUCCACAGGCAAAUCUGCGACUUCAAACUCAACGUGGACAAUUGUGACAUAACUUCAGAAACCAUCACCCCUGCAAGCUCACUCAAUAAACCCAAAUGUUCCAAAAACCAACAACCAUGCAGAGAUGGCACCUGUCUUCCGCAAUAUUACUUUUGUGAUGGUUCUGUAGACUGUAUAGAUGGUAGUGACGAACGUCACUGUGACCCGAAUCAUGACCCAAAUCCGGCGUUACCAUGCAAUCAGUCAACCUGUGUGCUACCAAAUUGUUUUUGUUCGUCUGAUGGUACCCAAAUUCCGGGAAAUUUGCUCCCUUCUGAGACUCCACAGAUGAUAACUUUGACUUUUGAUGGUGCUAUCAAUAGUGAUAAUUGGGAGUUGUUUGAUACGAUGUUGUUCAACCACUGGAAGAACCCCAACGGGUGUUCUAUUAGGGCGACUUUCUUUGUGAAUCAUGGACUCAAUAAUUACUACCAUACCCAGAAGUUGUGGAACCAAGGGCACGAAAUUGCUGUCCACUCUAUAACGUACUUUUCCAAAAUCAAAAAAACGAAGAAAUUGUUUGACCCUUUUUUUUACAGACAUCGCGCUCCGGAGGAAUGGUGGUCCCAUAAUGCCACCAUAGAGGAAUGGUUUGACGAAAUGGUAGGUCAAGCUAACAUUAUCAACAAGUUUUCCAAAGUCCGUCUAAGUGACAUAAAAGGGUUAAGAGUCCCAUUUCUACAAGUUGGGUGGAAUCGCCAAUUUUUAAUGAUGAAAGAGUUUGGUUUUGUGUACGACAAUUCCAUUGUGGCCCCAUUCUCAAACCCGCCAUUGUGGCCAUACACUUUGGACCACAAAAUUCCCCACGAGUGUACCAGUUUCAAACAAAAUUGUCCAACGAGGUCAUACCCAGCGGUUUGGGAAAUGGUACUAAAUCAACUUGAAGCUGAUGGUUAUUCGUGCGCGAUGGUGGACUCUUGUCCCAGUAACCUUUCCGGUGAUGACAUUUACAGGAUUUUGAUUCACAAUUUCAAGCGACAUUAUCUCACGAAUCGGGCUCCGUUUGGGCUACAUUUUCAUUCUUCGUGGUUUAAGAAACAAGAGUAUUUGGACGCUUUUCAGGACUUUAUAGCGGAAGUUUCGCAACAACCGGACGUGUGGUUUGUGACCAGCUGGCAGGCCAUUAGUUGGAUGAAGGACCCAACUCCCAUUGGUCGACUAAAUUCGUUUAAAGCAUGGAAUUGCGAUAACGUUUUUGAUCAGAGUGAAGUUGCCUGCGCUGUGCCGAAUAUGUGUAAAGUUCACUCCAGGAUUUUCAACCAGGACAGGUAUUUGUAUACUUGUUUCCAGUGCCCGAAGGUGUUUCCUUGGAUUAGGAACGAAUUCGGUGUGGAUUAGUACAAACAAGAACUGAUUAAAGUUAAGCUCAAAAAAGUACCUUAGUUCAUUUACUGCAUUGUUAGUUUUUAUUCUUUUAUAUUUAUUUAUAUUUUCUAUUGUGAUUAAUUUAAGAUUCAUGUACAAGUAAUAAAUUUUUUUAUUAGUGUUUCA